AUGUCUGCCGCACAGGAAUGGGACUCGUGGAAAACACCACCGCCCAAGGAUGUGAAGCCGGCACCCAAGGCUGGCGAGAAGGCGCCCGUCAACGAGAAUCUCACCCUUCCGUCUGAUAAACCCACACUGAUUGUAUUUCUGCGGCACUGUGGCUGUCCCUUUGCAGAGAAGACUUUCAAGCAGCUCACAAACAUCUCGGCCAUCUACAAGGGCGACCUCAACUGCGUGGCGGUCUCGCACUCGUCGCAAGAGGCCACCGAGCGCUGGGUGAUCCAGGUGGGCGGCAACUGGGACGUCACCAUGGUGGUCGACCACGAGCGGGAGCUGUACGCGCAGUGGGGGCUGGGCAUCUCCAACACCUGGCACGUCCUCAGCCCGGCCUCGCUCUACAAGGUCUUCCAGCUGGGCAAGUCGGAGCACAUCUGGAACCGCCCGACCGAGAGCGGCAGCCGGUGGCAGGUCUCGGGCGCCUUCACCGUCGACAGGGACAGCUCCGUGCGCUGGGCCCAGGUCGCCGCCUCGGCUGACGAUAUGCCCAAGUUCGAAGAGGCCAUCCUGUCGGUUGGGCUUGACCCCAAGAGGCUUCGGGUGGGAGACGGCGAGCUCAAGAAACUACGAGCGGGCGCGGAUGGCAUUAGAAGGGAGGGUCUUUCUGGGUAA